AUGUUUGAUAACACGCUCAAGGAGGAGGACGAAGAAGAAGAGUCGCGUUCGGCUGCUUUGGACGAGCCUGAGCCCACUUCAUCACCUGGGUUGACCAACAGGUCCUCAGCGCCCUCGGAUGAGGGUACCUCGUAUCCAAUCACACCCCCUGAUCCCGCGUACAACAACAAUCUACCUACCAAAGGGAAGCCACUCGCAGGCUGGGAUGAUACAGAGAGCCCCUACCACACCGGAAGUUCAUCAGAACCGGGGGUAGGCAUCGCCUUUCCGUCAACCAACUAUAACGACAUUCCAAUUCCUCCCCGGCCUACAACGCCGAAGAAGCUGCGGAAGAAGGGCAAGGAUGGAUAUGAUAGCGACGGCGGGUACCUCAGUGAAGGCGGGAAGAAGGCGCAGAAGAAGGAGGAAAAGGCACGGCUGAAGGAAGAGAAGAGGGAGCAGAAGGAGGAGGAUCGGAAGAGGAAGAAGAGCUUCGGUCAGGUCAUCAGGGGGAGUAAAAAGGCAGAGGACGCGUCAGGGUACGACACGGAUGGUGCUGGAGUCGCCAGCUCGUCGAAAAGCCCGUUCAAGUCCAAGUCGAAGAAACCCAAGUCGAAGAAUGCCUCCACUGAUACAGGGGCCGGCUACGAGACCGACGCGGGCUACGCUUCUGCUGGUUCAGGAUUGAAGAAAGGCAAAAGUCGCUUCUUCAAGAUCUCGCUCAAGGGCUCACGUCCAGAUCUCAAAUCCGACGCGUCUGAACCUCUUCCGCCACCACUGCCCACAGAGCCAGUCACUCUCCCCAUCGCAGAACGUUUCGCGACGUCUCUCGGUGCAUUGAUGCCCGGGUCUCCAAGCACUAAGCUCUCCAACCCUGAACUCCCCGCUCCAUCGGUGCCAUCCACUACGUCAAGCUCGAAGGUCGAAUUGCCAUCUAUCCAACCUUCCGAGCCUCUCGACUUCGACUCUAUGCCAUCUACCACCCCAACGCCCUCGACACCCAAGCCUCCAGUGGAUCGAAGCUCGCUUUCUUCUGGAGAGUCAUCCUCUUCUCAACGCCCCCGGAUCCCGCUUUUGUUCCGCGAGGUUAAUGCAGGCUCCGGCCAUCGCGGUGCGGGCGCUGGAAGCAUCUCUACGAUAAACUCGACGCAGGCAUCAAGUAUUCACUCGGGGACGUCUCACCAGCAACCGGUAUCGCCCAUCACCUCUACCAAAUCUGGAAGGCCGUCGUCGUCGUCUUCUGGCCCAACGACAGGAUCGUUGAAAGCCACGCCUACUAUUUCGUACCCUAUCACUCGCGCAGCGUCUCCGGCCCCUCCGACGUCGCCUACAUCAUCUAUGGACGUCGGUAAGAACAACAGUUCGGCGAUAGAGAAUGGAUAUUCGAGAGGCCCUUCCCCCCUACCGACGUCGCCGAGCUCCCCGUACGUUGUCGUAACCCCAUCGAUGACAUCUUCCCCCGUGUAUCCCAACGGCAACAACACUUUGUCACCCCCUGCUGUAACCACCCCUCUUUCCCCUCCAGUCCGCGAUCACGUUCCUGUUCGACCCCGGAAUCCCCCAACAGAUGGUUUCGGGCCUCGUUCCAACCUCACGUCUCCCCCUCCCAAUCACGGGCGUCUUUCCCCCAACCCGGAGAUGCGGUCUCGCCGUCUAUCACCCCUCCUUGUUCCUCAAGAUGUGUCCUCGAAAGGCAAUACCCCAUUGCCGAGUCCAAAUGUGCUGGCGUACUACGACAUCCCGCCCCCCAGUCCACCACCGAUGGGUCCGUUGCCGAGUGUCCCACCUGGCGCUGGUGCUACUCCCUCGAAUCCACCUCCUUCGCAUCUCAGGUCCAAGCUCGUGGGCCAGAGGAACGGAAACGAGCUCAGCGUGUCGAUUAACCCCAACAUCCAACGCGGACGCGAAUCGCCUUUCCCUUCGAGACCGAUCGCUUCUCCUGCCUUGAGCCCGUCUCCUCGAGUCAUGAGCCCCGCCCCUGGGUAUGGACCUGGAGUAGGCUUGGAAGCUCGACCCAGGCCGAGGUUCAGGGAGAUGAUGCACGAGGCGCCUUCAAGUGCACCAUUGGCGUCUAGGUUCCCCACGGAGAGGAACAUCAUUCCUCCCAGAGCCAACAUCAUUCCGCCAACUCGCCCGCCACGCACAGACGACGACGAAAUCGCAGGUCUUGCAUAUGCCGACCAUGAGGAUGAGGACGACCAGGAAGACAUGCGAGAUGUUCUCGACAGGUUCCACGACUCGAGUCUCGAAGGGAGCGAAGAGAGCCACUACCCCGAUGAACGCACACUCCCGUCUCGACGCUCAUUCGAAGCACUCCGCGACAAACACGAAUCGUUCGCCGUCUCGGAGUACUACGGUGGUCGCGCUCGUGGUGCACCUGAACCUCAACCUGAAGAUGAUGACGUUGAUCUGGCUCUCGCCCUCACCUCGGGUAACCGGGAUACGCUGUACACGAUGGAGGACGAUGACUAUGACGACAGGAGUAUCUAUAGUCGGGUUAGCAUCUUGGACCCGGAUAAGAGUGGGGAGACGAGGGAUCGGUUUGUGAGGAGGGUGGAGGCGAUGCUUCGGGCCAAGGAAGCACGGGAGGGUGCACCGGUUGUCCCUCCUGUGCCCAAGAUCCCUGAGGGGUUGGCUAACGCGAGCAGGCCCAAUAGAUUUUAG